GGCGGGCGGGCUGCGCUCUGAGGGCCGGGCCUGGCGGCGAGGGCUGCAGUGGGUGAUUAGGAGAAAGCGUGCUCUUGUACGGCGCGAAUACCUUGAAAUUAGCUCGUUUUGGGGAAGGAGGCGGCCCCGGCAGCCUGCAGGAGAAGUUGCGUGGAUCACUUCUGAGAAGGAGCCGUCUGUGCCAUGGAGCUGCAGAAGGACAAUGUUAAAAGCAAACAGCAGUGCCUUGUGCACGCCUCCCUGUGCUGCCCUUAUCCUGAGGAAGCCCAGCAAAGCAUCAGCAGAGGCCUUGCAGCAUUAUCAGAGGAAAGCUUGCCUUACUUGAGUACAUCUUUAGAUGCAGAUAUUGACAUGUAUAACAUGAGAAUGAGAACCUGCAGCGUAGAAGUAGCUGAAAGCAAGAGAGAAGCUGAUGCACUGAGGAGGGCACGUGGUGGUGAUGCACAUUCCACCUGUGGGGUGUGUGAUGGUGGGAGUCACAUCCAUGUGGGUGAAGAUUCACAGCUGGAGUACAUCAGUGCAAAUGAAGAGGGUUUUGAUGAUGGGGAUAGCUCAGACGAGCUUUCUAAGCAAAGGAAAGCUGUAGGAAUUGAAACCCCAAUGGCAGUAGAUCCAGUUCAUGACAUUGCAGGUGGUGGAGCUGCAAAGGAACAAAAUCUUGCUGACUCCGCUUCUGAUUGUUGUACAGGUGCAGAAGCAGCUAUGCCAGAGCUUCCCCAGGUGUUUUUAAACACCUUUCCCCAGGACUCUCUGCUGGUUGGCAGUGGCACGGCUUGUGAUUCUAAGGAGGAGCAAGCAAUAUCUCUCAGUGGUCGUGCUGGAAGUAUGGUUGAAAGCCAUGCAUACAGGAGUAGAGAAAGGAGUUAUCCAAAUCUGCUUGCCAUUCACCGUUCGGAGGUGAAAGAUGCUUCCUCACCUAAUAGCACGCAGUCCCAACAGAACCACAGGUGUGUUCACAGCACCUUAGUGGAGCAAGGAAGCCCUUCACUGUCACCGAGGGAAAGGACCCUAGCAACAGCCACGCAGUUCUGCAAAAGUGCAGGGGACUCUGAUUUUUACAGCUGUGAGGAACCCCUCCUGUGCAUGUGUGGUGCCAGCUGUGCUUACUGCGCUGCGAAGGCGGAUGAGAACCAGUGUCCAGCCCCUGAAUUUCUCACUAUUAAGGAUCUCUGUUUUGGGGAGGAAGCUGCAGGGAAGUCUUACAGUGCAAAUACCACCGCCUCCCUCAACUUGGAGUGUUGUGAAAACUUGGUAAAUGUGGCCAGUAAUUCUAAAGUUAACCAGGCUGUUGAUGCAAGUUCUGAUUUUAGAGUUUGCUUUACAACUAGCAGAAGUACCAACACUCGAGUUCCACUCUUAUCCAGGGCAAUUAAUACAGAGAUAACAAUGAUGAACAAAUUCAGACACACGGGUUGGCUUGGGGAAACUUGUGCCAGUGUUGCUCACGGUACAGACUGGCUGUCUGGAACUGGUCCUACAGAGGAAACAGGAUCACAGCUUGCUGAUGUGCACCAGGAUGGCAGUGCUGCAGCAGCUGAAAGAAGUUCACAAGUUAAGGAUCAGUGGGAAUCCAAAACUGAGUCGUGUAGCAGCGGUUUAAAGAUAAAGGCUGACAGGCCAGCAGACCUCAACAAAGAAACAGUGAAGAAUUCUGUGUCUGUCUGUCAAAAUCUACUGCAGAGAGCUAUUGAAGCAGAGUUGCAGGUUCUAAAUGCUCACUAUCAGAUGUGCUAUCAACACUGCUUGAAGAUCUACAAACUGGCUUUGGAGGAAAACGCAUGUUUUAGCAGCUACCAUGGAAAUACUUCUGCUAAUACUGAAGUAGGUUCAUCUGUCACGUCCGUUUUGGAAGAGCUAAAAAAGGAUUACAGCAGUAUGAGAGCAAAAAUCCAAAUGGGCACGCCUUUGAGCACGCUUCCACCACUGUCAGUGGAGAUAAAGUUAUUGCCAAUUGUUUCUUCUUAUGUCCCAUACAAGUUAUUCAGGGAGGAACUUUGCCAUGGUUCUGUUUCAGGCAUGAGAAAAGCAGGGUUUGAAGCUUCAGCAUUGCAAGAAAUCAGAACUCCUGUCAACAUGGAGAAAGCACAGACCACAUGUUUGACUGACGGCCAGCAGCCCAGUGACUCUGCUUCCUCCAGGAUGUCCCAAGAGCAGGGCAUGCAGCACGGAUAUGUGAGAAACAAAGAAUGGAAUGAAUGUUGGUUUGAUGCUAAAGAGGACUUCGCAGUAACAGAUUUUUCAGUAACACCUGAAGAAGUGGGGAAGCACCAAGAGAAACAAGACACGGUUGGCUUAAGAGAAGCAAAGAUAACGGAGGGUGCAAAUGAGUGCACAUUUGUUUGCAUUGGUGGCUUGAGUUCUUCGGUGUCCGAGGGUGAUCUGAGAUCGCAUUUCCAGAAGUACCAGAUCUCUGUCAUUCUGCUUUGUGCGGAUUCUGAUAACCACAGAUGCGCAGUUCUUGGCUUUAAAGACACCUCUGCAGCAAAGUUGGCAGUGGAAGAAAUGAACAAGACAAAAAUUAAAGGAAAACCAAUAAGUGUGGAACUUGUCAGUAAUCCAUCAGAGAACAGAUCUUCGGCUGCCCGAAUACUUGGGAAGAAGCUUUGGUGUGAAGCUCUCUCUGUUGCUAACAGUGCAAGCAGUGAUCAGAAUGAAACACUCCCAUCAGCCUCUGGUUCUGUGGGAGCACCUGGUGCCUCCUCUGCUUCUGAGAAGGUGCCUCUCCUGCCCAGGGCUUCUUUACAAACUCCUUGCUCUACACAAGUGCCGUCAGAAGCGAAGCGCCCCAAAUCCUCUGCCAAAGACUCCAUACGUUUUCUAUUUGCAGUUAAUCAAAAGGAUACUGGAGAAAAUUCCCUGCCAAAAGCACCUGCUGCUCCUUGCUCCACUAAUUCAUUAGAAGCCUUUAUGUCUCCUAACGCAUUGAACUUGAGCAGUUUUGCCAAAUUAAUGAAGAAACUUAAAGACAUUCAUCCAGAAGCUAGUAGAGACAGAAUUGUGGAUGCACUGCUGGAGGUGAGGAAGAACAAUAAUGGUGUCCUAAGUGGCUUGUCCAUCAGCUCUAUUAUGGAAAGGGCCUCUGUAAUCCUUAGGAAACCAAGGCCUGCUUGCACAGGGAAAGGCAGUGUCAAUCAAACCGUGGUGGCAAACACUUCCCAAGCCCCGGUGCUGCGCUGCCAGGCGCUGCUGCUGGUUUAUCCUGAAGCUGCAGGUGGAGCUGUGCGAACUCGCUUGAUUUCUGUUAAGGCGAAACAAGCACGAAGGACGGGCACGAUCGCGCGGCAGCUCCCGGCGAGGCGGCAGCCGGGCCCCUCGCUCCUGGCCAUGGCCCUGCUGCCGCGCCGCUUCCUCUGCUUCGUGCUGGCCCAUCACUUCAUCGCGGCGACGGCAUGCCAUGAGGCGGAGUACGGCCGGCAGAUCCGUGAGCGCUGCCUCCGGCCCUUCAAGCUCAGCAUGGAGGGCAUCGGGCAGCGGCUGUGGUGCGACUGGGAUGAGACCAUGGGUUUCAGGCUGUCCUGCAGGCUUGCCCUUCGCGUCCAGAAGUCGCAUGUUGAUUUUUCCUGGCGUCUCGGAGGAGAGGUUGGUGUGCUAUUUGUAGGGCAUGGCAGCCUUCUGCUGAGCCUCGUAAUCAGUGUCAGGGAAUUAGCAGUGAUCUGUGGCAGAUGAGAAGCGAAGACCUGGGCUGCUCUCAUCACAGCUCACUUUCCAUGUUGCGUAACAUCGUGCCAUGGUCUUAGAAGACAGAAGAGUACAAAAGCAAGCUCCUGCAACACAGCUGGGGAUGGAGGGCAGCUGGAAAUCGAGAGCAGAUGCUGCCACAUGCCAUGAGUGUGUUGCACAAAAACACAGUUUUCUGGUUAAUUUCCUGCCCGUUCCUCUUCUGUGCCAAAUUGAUAUCUUCCUCUCUGUGCAUGCAGGUGUAUGUAAACACAUAUGUAGCCUACAAAAACGACAGCUUGGGUUUUCCUUCCUCUUUAUCAACGAUAAAAUGGAGGAGGGAAAGAGUGGGAAGACUGCGUGGGAGAUGUUCUGCUUCUUGGAAACCUCAUCUGCCCCAAAAUCUGACUCUCCUUCCUGAAAAAGGCAAUGGGUUUGCAAGACCAGCAUUAGCCCUUAUUCCAUUCUUUUCUAUAGGGAAAUUUAGUACAGUGUGCGUCGGACAUCUCUUGUUUUUGUGAUAGCUGGGGCUGCUGCCACUGAGGAAGGGGCACCUCAGGAAGUGCACCCCCUGGUUCAGUGCCACUUGUGGACCAGAUGAGGUGCAGUCCAUCUCCAGAUCUUUGGUAAGGCCACAGCACAGGAAGCAGAGUUGGAUUAGAGAGCUGCUUCUUUAUCUCCGACAUCCUGAUUUUCUUCUAAAUAGCUUCUACUAAACUUGUUAUCCUUGAGGCACUUGGAGGAAACGCUGAUAAACUCACAGUGUUUAAUUUGAUUGCACGAGGUCAUUUGCUCCAUGGGAGCACAAGCCUCGGGUUAUUUAGGAGAUGACGUUCUAGGCCUAGCACCUCAUUGUUUUUUCUCCAUAUCUCCCCCCAAGCCAAGGAAUUUUGGUGCUUGAAACAAUUCUCUGGAACAGAGAUCUGAAGGAUAAAUAUUUGAAGGUUUUGCCUCUAGCAGGACUGGUGUCAUCUGGCACUGGGUUCUGAGCUCUCAUUUCUUGUACAGGGCAUUUAGAGGUGGAAUAGCCACGAGACAUGUCAGUUAAGGCUCAGUUGAGAAUUACUGCUCUUACCACCCAAGUCAUUUUGGGGCCUUUCUGUCUCUCUCCGCAUUUUCCUCAGGCAGCUGACCUCUACGCAACAUUUGCCUGUGACCAGGUUUGGUGUUUUCCAACACCAGCAAGCUCUGGUGGCUUUCUCAGUCAUGCUUUUUUGGGGAAAGCUGAUUUUUUAAUUUUUAUUUUUGACAAUUCAAGUCUUCAUCAUAGAAUCACAGCAUCAUUUGGGUUGGAAAAGACCUGCAAGAUCACCAAGUCCAACCAUCAAUCAACCGAGCCCGCCCCUCAAACCAUGUCCAUCUGUGCCAUGUCCACACGUCCCUUAAACACCUCCAGCAGCACUGGCUGCAGCCUGAGCACCCUCUCCAUGACAAAAUGUAGCCAGGGAAGCUGUGUGAGCUGCCACCUACUUUGGGAAGGCAGAUUUUAAUUAAAAAGUUACAUGCACACUGUGUCGUAGGAAGGGAGGAGGAUGAACCACCCCACUGCAAGCACAGCACCACAGCUGCAGCCAUCACUCAGCUCCAGCCAUGGAGGGGCCGCCAGGCUGUCACCCUGCUAAGAAUACACCCCAAGCAUUUCUUUUUAUUGCCAGCUUCCCAAGUGUCUUUGGGAUGUGCUGUCUUGAACAGCAACCUUGCAGGGGAAGACAUGGUUUUCUUUCCCUUUCCUUUAGAAAGUAAAAGGAGGAUUUUGUGAGUUUUUUGCCUUCUUUCAUUUUCCUCCCCCUUCCUUUAAAAAGUGGGCUCGCAAGGAGAAGCCUUCCCUUUCUGUAUGUGGCUACUCAGUCUCAAGUAUCUGUGUGCACAUACAGACACCUCUACAACAGAAAGUAUGAUCUCUAUGAUAGAAAGUAUGUUUUCUGACAUACAUACAACUGUAUUUCUAUCUUGGUUAUAUUUUACCUUCAUUACAAUGCACAGUAAUACUCUUUACCAUCACAAACGUUUCUGUUGGUAUCCACGCCAGCCCACUUGAGGGCUGAGUGGAUCCAUGUUAGUGGGGUCUGUGGGAUGCACCCUGUGAGGGGAAGCUGGUGAGGACCCAAGUGACCCACUGGUGCCACCCCGGUGCCCUGUCUGUC